AUGGGGGAGCCGAUCCUGCUCUUCGUGCUGAGCCUGGCGGGGGGCGGCGGCGGCGGGCAGAGCAAGGCCGUCUUCGUGGACCACAGCAGGUCUGCUCACCACAGCCUUCCAGGCAACAGUAGAGCCACCAGCCACAUCGGAGCAGCCUUGGGGGAAUAUCAGGACCAGCAUCCUCAAGACGGGCUGCCCAGGCUGAAGACCCUUGCCUGGAUCCCCCGGGGUGCCACCCUGCACACGGCCAAAGUCGAGCUGGCCUUCGCUGCCACCGGGUUGGAGAUGCGCCUCCGCCAGGGCUGGCUGCAGAAGGGGACGGCCUUCGUUGGAGGCAGAGAUGGGCGCCCCGCACAGCAGUUCCUGCAGAAGCUGCUCCACCUCUGGGGGAGGCUCCCUGUUGUCCAGCAGCUUCGGGCACUUGGCAGGCAACGACGGUCCCUCAUCUGGCCAAGCCUGCUCCCUCACCCUGCCCCGAGUGGCACCAGGAGGCUUGCAGAAACAGGCAGUCGUGCCCAGGAGGGGGGAAGCAGCUUGCCCCCAGCUCUGCUCCACUCCAGGGAGGAGGAGGUUUUGAAGCCAGCUGUCCCUGCCCAAAGGACCUUGCUGAAUCUCCUGGGCAGCACCAGCACGGUCUCUGGGCAGCCCCCUGUCCCCAAGCAGGGUGCACAGCCAUCGCUGCCCAGCUUGGCCACGGAGGUUGGGGCAGCCCACGAGGUCACGUGCCGGUGCCCAGACAGCCAGCACACUAAAGCCCCUGCCCAGGAGGUGGAGGGCCGGCAGGUGGGGCUGCGCGUGCCCACUCCCCGCACGGAGGAAGCGGCCUGGGCCGCCAGCGCCCUCACUUUCUUGCUGGUGGUGCUGACGCUGGCGGUGCUGUACACCCGUCUCCACCAGAAGUGCCGCCGCGGGCCGAGUCUCUACUGGAGGACAAGCAGCGAGGAGGGGCGUGAGACAGUGGCCGCUGUCAUGAAGCGCCGCCUCUUCUCCCACCACAGACGGAAGCGGCGGCUACGGCAACCGCCUCAGCAGCAGCGGGCGCUUCUGCCCAGCUCCUCCAGCGACGACAGCCCUGCAUGACGCCUCGGCUGGCAUGGCCUGUUGUCAGGAGGCGGCUGCCCCAAAGCCCGGCGCCUGAGGAGGAUCAGGCUCCUGGCCUGAAUGCUGAUUUUCUUUUGUUACUCAAUAAAAUAUAUUUUCCUACGUA